GGCGCGCUGAUCGCUGGCUGCCGGGAUGCGCUGGCGGGGGCUCAGCCGGUCUGGGCAGCGCACUGAAGCUGCACGGGAUGGACCCAGUGCAGAAAGCAGUGAUCAACCACACGUUUGGGGUCCCUGUAACCAAGGCCAAACGCCCCAUCAUCUCUUGCAACGUCUGCCAGAUCCGCUUCAAUUCUGAGAGCCAGGCUGAAGCACACUACAAGGGGAACCGCCACGCCCGCCGAGUAAAGGGAAUCGAAGCAGCCAGAACGCGGCAGAAAGAAUCGGGACCUCGGGAGGGAGACAAGCCAGGAUCUGCAGGCAGUCCAUCCUCCAGCACCGGGGAGAGUGAUUCUGACCGCACAGCUGAGCAGCUGAACGGCAUAGGAGCAUCAGUGACGCUGCCCCCCGUGCCAGCUCCUUCCUCGCCAGAGAAACAGCCCUGCCUGGGUUCUCCAGCAGCAGCAAUAGCGCCCCACCUGGCCGCUUGCCCGGAGCCAAGCCAGAGUUCCAAGAGUGGACCAGCCUGGGGGACCAAGUUGGGAGAAAUCUCGACCACAUCGGCAACCCCAGCCGCUUCAGGGGCAGCACCCCAUAGUAACAGCAGUCCCAAGCCCGAUGAAGAGAAGGCCAAGAAGCUGCUCUAUUGUGCCCUCUGCAAAGUGGCCGUGAACUCGCUGUCUCAGCUUGAGGCGCAUAACAAAGGUACAAAGCACAAGACUAUCCUGGAAGCGCGCAGCGGACUGGGGCCUAUCAAAGCGUAUCCACGUCUUAGUCCCACAACUGGAGGGGAACCAGGCAACCAAGACCCCAGUGCUCAGGAGAGAACCUUCCACUGUGAAAUCUGCAAUGUCAAAGUUAACUCGGAGAUCCAGCUCAAACAGCAUAUUUCCAGCCGGCGGCACCGGGAUGGAGUUGCUGGGAAGCCUAAUCCCUUGUUGAGUCGGCACAAGAAGCAGCGUGGCAUGGCAGAGCUGCCAGGCUCCCUGGCCUUUUCCAAGGAGCUUCCCAAGUCCCUGGCAGCUGGAUUGCUACCAAAUCCCCUGGCUGUAGCAGCUGCCUUAGCAGCAGCAGCUUCCACACCCCUGACACUGCGGCCAGCCCCAACGCCAUCCCUGCUGCAGGGCCCACCUCUGACACACCCACUCCUGCGCCCGGCUCCGGGGCCCAUCCGAACUGCACAUGGACCCAUCCUCUUCUCACCAUACUGAUGCUGCCCUUCCACUCACCUGCCUGCCACAAUCCCGGGACUCCUGGCUCCACCAGAACCACACCGCCCUUCCCCCCGGCAACUAGCAACCAGUCCCGACAAUCUCACAAGGCACCCAGGCCCACUGAAGGGAGCAUUUUACUCGUUCUCCCCAUCCUUUUUCUUUGUGACAGGAAAUGGAAUUAUUUUUCUGAGAAGAGAAAGGGGAGAAGCCCACCCUUCUGCAUCCCCGCCCAUCGGCGCGCCUGCUCUCCACCCUCUCGGGAUCCCAGCCAAAUCUGCACAAGUGCUGGGCUCCCGCAGGGGGUUAAAUGGGGGCAUGUGUCUUGGGGUGUGCCUGUACGUGCAUGUGCGUGUCGGUCUCAUCUUCCGAGGUACGAAAGGUUGGGGAGUGGAAGUGCCUCCCCAGGACUCUGUGGCGCAUUGGCAAGGGAGGCAGUUCUGGUACCUCAGGGACUGAUCAGCAAGCAAUCUCCUUCAUCCCAGAGCUAAGGGGGCUGUUGCCCCCCUUACUCAUACAAGCCAUUGUCCACUUGCACUGAGAAGUGGGGGGUGUAUAUGUGUGUGUGGGACAGAAGACAGGGCCUCCUGACAGAGUCCCUACUGCAAUAAUGCUGGCCAGCACCUCCAUGUACAUAUCCCCUAAGGUCCCUCCCUAUCAGCACCCCCCCCUUCCCCGUGCUGGCCCCUCUCCUUACUGCGCUUCCAUGCAAUGGGGCUCCCCUUGGGCUCCUCACCACGGCACCUCAAUAAGAGACUGGCAGAGCAAGUACUGUGCCCCAUUUUUCCAUGUCCUCCACUUCCUCUUGCGCUGAGCAGCAGCAACAGACAGACAGACCCAGCCCCUUGUUCAGUCAUGUUUUUCCCAAUCUGCAGAACUUUCUGUCCUCCGAGCAAAGAAAAUCGCGGCUCCCAUCAGCUUGCCUGGAAAUGGCAGGUUGGCUAAGAGAGCGAGAGCAUCGGGGGUUGUUGGGGGAGCGGCUGGCAUCUCCUUCUGCCUGUAGAUCAUCCUUUGGGUUAUCUGUGCUGUUGCCAUGGUAAUGUGACCUCUCCCCCUCCCUCGCCUUCCCUUUGCUAUUUCUACAGCGUUGGGUUCCCACCUCUCCCCGACUGAACGGGGACGUUAGCCAAGAGGCCAGGUUUUUUUUUUCCUGGGGAUUAAGCAUCCCCAACCUCCAAGCCAGCCCCACCCUCCACACAGCACAAAACAAAAUCCAGAUGCUUGUAAAUCCCUUGGUGCGCACCCCAGUUGGUGCCUCUUGAGGGAUGGCCUAUGCUGUAGGGUGUGCACUGUAGAAGCAUGGGCACUUGGGUUUGGAAGAACAAUCUAAGGGUCGGGUUGUUUCUUUCCCCUGCAAACUUGUACAUGCAGAAACAGCCAUUGCCAUUGGCCGGUUCCCAUUUUGUCAACCGGAAGAAGGCCCAGCUCAAAACAAAACCCCGUAGCCUGGGGAAGGAGAAAGGGAGACAUUCUUCCAUGUUUGUGGCCCUGCUAUUCUUCCCUGCCUCUCUCCAAACUGUGACUGAAGUUCCGAGCAAUAGAGACACUGGCAUGGGAGGGGAACAGGACCCUCCUUCCCCUGACUGGCAUGACCCACAGGGCAAUCCCCUGCCCCCUCCAUCCGCAGAUGCCCUCUGCUCCUCUGAGUCUGACCCCUGUCCACCGUUUUUCGGACCAUGCUAGACUCUCACCCUCUCUUGCUGACACCAAGGACUGUCUGCUUCGCCCCACAUAGCACCUUUUCUCCCUCCUCCCCCUUGCUCCUUGAUAACAAUAAAAUAAAUGAUAAGGCUCAUUUAUGCCUGCACUCGGUCUGUCUUCCUGUCUGUCAGGGACUGGGGAAGCCAUGAUUUCAGGCUGGGAUCAAUCCUAAUAAACUACUACGGACUUCUUUCCUCCACGCUCAGGGCCCAAAGCCCAGCAGGGAAAGGAGGAGCAGAGGUGCCUUUGAUACAGGUAGUACACAAGUGACAACCAUUUGUUUAACGACCAUUCGAAAUGACACCAUCGAAAACUGUCCAUUUUCCACAC